AUGUGCUUGCCGAAAAUCACACAAUGCAGACUUCGAGCAAGGCAUACCGCAUCAUCAAGAUCAAAGGCAUCAAAGGUGGAUGAAUGGCCGCAUCACAAAAAGAAAAAUAAACGCGCUCUACUCCUCAAACGGGAUGGCAACAUCGUUAGUGUGACAGAAGGCCAGAAGAACAAGCCGAGUCAAGCAAUUCACGAGGCAGCGAAUUCGGAUUCGAAAAGAUCUAUUUUAUUGUGUUUGGGACAAAAGACUGCUAAAAACCAACAGAGCAUCUCUCGUGGACGAACAUAUGAAUUGCAACUUCCAGAAAAACCCGAUCAAACGUCACCCAUUCACCUCGUACCUCGUCUAGAUUCUAAAGAUGAUGGACCACAGGCAAUGUGCUUGCAUCACACGGUUCAUGAGGGUAAUUUCUCCGCUCCGUCUUGCUGUGACGUUAUUCCUCAUCAAAGCACUUGCCCACACACCUACAUCCGCCUCACUCCACACUUACCAGUGCAGAAUCGAGACUUCUUGACCAUUUCAACCGCAUACACAGAUGAUACGAGUGAUUUUGCAACACCAGUGUCAUACAUUCAAGAUGAAGAAGUGGAUGAUUUUCAGUUAAGCGCAUCACUCCCAAGUCGCAAGCAGAACUUGCAUAACACUUCAGCUAGUUUUAUCGAUUCUGGAUGGGGCAGUAUGAGCCCUAUGGCAUCUGAUCUUUGCAAUAUGGGCUAUCCGACAAGAAUCGAAACACAACCAAUUAAACGACGAGAACACCGAUCUGAAAGAGAACACACAAUGGAGCAAGACACCUUCCUCGGCAGAUUCUCAAAAUCGGAAGGCUUCAUCAUGUUUUUAAAUGAAAGAUGUGAACAGACAGGUAUGAAAUCGCUCACAGAGGGCCAUGGGCAAGAAAUCGUACAGCAUCACGGUUCAAAGAACAAACGUUCCCCAUUCGGAGCUGUGUACGCAGCCGCAAAUCAGAAUCCUUCUCCCAAGGAAUAUGGAAAAUCUCCAUCAGCUGCAGACAUUCGCGAAAUGUCCGGACAGGUGAACUUGUACCCCAAGGCAAGAUCUGGAGACCUAAUGUUUGAGGGAGUAUGGCGGAAAUCCGCUGCAGAUAGGAGUAUAGCUCAACAACAAAAGUUCUCGCUUUCAGUACCAGUCCUAAGAGAGCGUGAUGUAGGUCUCCCUUUACCUCCAUUGUUUGUGACCAAUAAAGUGGACAACAAAAGCAGCACUAAAGAUCAAACACCAUUCAGCAAAACAAAAUCCAGUUUUUUGGAGACGUGCCCACCUGUGAACAUACCCGAAAACAAAAUGUACAGUGACUUAUGCGAGACAGAACUGAGUGGAAAAUUUGCCUCAGUGCGACCCAAACUCCCGGAUCUGUCAAAGAAAUCCGUGAGACGGAUUAAGCGUGAUAGUGUGCAUUCUCGGUUAUCAGAUGAAUUUCAAGAAGCUUCAGAGCCAAGUUCGACCCCUUCCUUUGGAUCAGAUUAUGUUGUCGCGUCCAACCAAGACAGUGUUGCCACUGCCCGCUACAGGAACCUCAUGUACAUUGAUCAAAAUCUGGGAGAACAAGGGUAUCCUGCCCAAACUGCAAUAGAGAAGUGUGGCCCCUCCCCUGUUAUGAAGUGUCGAUCAAUGAGCGCCCUUCGUCUAGAAGAGCAAGUGUAUGAUGCCUCAAGAACGCUGAAAAUUCGAGCAAGUGAAAAGCAGGGCAACGCUGAAACCGAAGCCGUAAAUAUUAGAUCGCCUAUAUCACCAAAGUAUAAGGCAAAAACACCACGGCGAAGCUAUCCCUUGGUGCAUCAAGUCGACGAGCUGAUGGCGAAGCUUGAUGGUCUGAUGGGCAAACCUGAGGAGAAGGUGUUAAGCGGUACCGGAUCAUGGAUGAUUACGCCUACUGACGGGGCUGAGUCGACCUUUGAUCCACACAUUUCAAAGCGUGGCUUGUCGCAGGUGCCGCACAAUAUGGAAGGUAAUACUGAUGGAGACCAGUGCACUGACAACAAGAACAGGUUGUAUAAUGAGUGCUUUUCAUCUCUUAGGUCAGAACAGUUUGGUGAUGGUCCGGAACUAACCGAAGAUUUUUCUCCACCGACGGCGAUUAUCAGUGAGACGACUACUAACACGUCUUACUUUUCUGCGCUGAACACCGAACAGUUCGUGGAAAAAUUUAUCGAGGAUGAUAUGGCAUUUUUCGAUCAAACUAGCCCCUUGAUGCAUAGCACGCUCGUAGAAGACACAUCAGAGUUCUGUUCGCCAGUGCAAGAAACUUCGGCGGAUGUCUGCACCCAGGCUUCGGCAAGCACAUCCGAUUUAUACGUACAGGAGUUGAACAACACAACGGAAACUGGAUUGUGUCCAAACUUCUCAGUCGAUCUGGAUUUUGAAGAACAACAACCGCAAGUCAAAACUGAUCAGGCAAGGCAGUCUGCCAAAUUCGCUGAUGUUAGUGAAGAAGUGGAUAGCAUAUGUGACAAAAGAAAAAGUGAAAUACAAGAGGGGAUUGUGUCCUCAAAACUAUUUCCCACAACUUCUGAAGGAUCACGGCACGUUGGCCACGAUGGUGAUGGGAGGGAUGAAGUGGACAGUGGACUUGACCUAUCGAGUUAUUCGAGCCGUGGUGCAAAUCAAAGCAAUUCGGAGUCCACCGAAAAGGCUUCCGGAACAUCCAAAUCUCAAUACCAAGCAUCUAUUGCCCCUAAUGUUGAGUCAACAUGCCAGCCGGAUAACCAGUCCUUGGUGUCAAAAGCUGAUGCAGAAGUGAUUUCAACCUACCACAGUCCACUGAUUAGCGCUAUGUUAAGAACAGUUUGUGACACGCCUAGUGAGCCAAUGCGCCCAGAUGCGAAUGACAUAAGGGGUUUAAAGCCUAUAUUGUCAGAAAACCCAGCCUAUCUUGUUUCAGAGAUACCGUGGCACGAAAGCAGGAUGAGCGAUCUAGAAACCACUAAACACGACGCAACUGAGGAUAGUGGCUUCUCAAGUCUGAUAGUCGGAGGGAUAAAACGAAUUAAUGAUACUUCCCCAGCUUACGGCACAGAACAGUGCGCGGCUCAUUUCAGUGCUUUUGACAACGAAACGACAGUUGAGCUGGGAGUGCCUUCCCUUCUUGUGAGUUCUCCACCGGCAGUGCAGCAAAAGCAGUUGAACCCGUGUUAUGACCAGAUGAUUUUGGUGCCAAACUCAUCAAAUAGUGCACUCUGUAUUGGCGCUUCUAGCCUUACCACUCCGUCAGAAAAGUCAUCCAUUUCUGAGUGGCAGAAGAAUAAACUGGAAGGUUGGCAAUUAACCUCAGCUACCACAGAUGACGGAAUAAAUGAUGGAGUCUCAGUUGGAGGUGAAUUUCAGUCAUCUGUAAAUCACUUUCGAAAUUCACCAAGCCCACCCGAAACACCAGACGAUCCAUGGGCUAACCCAGAACUGCGAAAAGGAACAGAUGAUUUGGGUCUGAAAGAACCUCGAGGUAUACCCACCACAUCAUCUGUCGAUGAGAAAGACGAUAGAGACGACACUGAGUGGAACUUGGCAGCGUCCAUCGCGCACCAGGCAACGAAAGAUGUGAAUGACCAUCCCAAUCCGGAAAUACCCCAUCCUUCGAACCAGUCAGAGAUUUCAAAAUCCUUAGCUUCAAACCUCGCGGCUCCAUGCGGAUACACAGCACAUCUUUCGCAGUAUGUUUCGGACAGUAUUUUGGAGUGUGAACCUAGUGAUGAGUAUUUCGGCGUCAGCGCAUUUGCUCACACGACUCCUACCGCAAAAUUACGGUAUAUAGCCCACGGACUUGAAGUAGUGAACCAAAUGGCACCACACAUCACGGAAGCUGUUUUGAUAGAAUAUCAGGGAAACGUGGUGUCAAGUACACCGAGGCAGAGUAAAAACGAAGCAAGAGAGCAACGUAUGGAGCAGGAAACGUCAGAUCUGAUUGUGCUGGACGAAAGCUGCGAUUUGUCUGAUAAUACAUCUGAUGAGAAGGUCCGAAUGAGUGGCCAGAUAGCACACACUCAUGAGCUGUCGAACAACGAUAGUCUAACUAGACACCUAUCACUUUUGGAUAUGCAGUCGCAGGAUAGCAAAUACCAUGACAUAACACCGGAUUUCUCUCCAGCUCACUUGAAACCAUCCAGCCCUUGUCUCUUGUGUGCCAACAAAGCUUAUCAGAUGAUGUCUGAAGUUACCGACUCCAAAGGGGUACUGUCACCGGGCGAUUUCCGCAUGCCACCAACAAUGCAAACUACGGAUCAGCCGUCUCGAGAUGGACUGGAGUGUGAUAAACGUGAAACACCAGAGAUCCCAAAUUUCACACUUUUCUCUGAAGGCGCGGACGCAUCUAGUGUAGAUGAGAAAGCCACAUGCGAAUCAAGCAGUGAAUUGCACAGACAAAUGAGUAGUGUAGAAAACGAGAACAGCAGUUAUUCGCAUGAUGCUCAACCCCUUGGUGAGAAAGUUCAGGAACAAAGACAGUGGUGGUCAACGCAGUAUUCCCAGCUUGGCGAAAAUGAAACAGAAACCCCGAACGCAUUUGUUCUGAAUGAAAAUCUGCUUGACUUGGGCGAUCCACCGGAUAAUUCUAUCGAUCAGACUGUUGGUGGGUUGUUUGCAUCUCUGAGUCCUCGAGUGCACAGUUCAUUCGAUGAAGACUUAUCUAAUAUCUUUGAGUUAUGUAGACAAACCGCGCAGGGCAUCAAUCAGCAGCACACCUAUUUCACAGAAGCAACCGAGUCUCAUGCUCCACUCACAGUCGAAGGUGGUGCGUGUUUCGAAAUCGAACAUCCUUACAAACAGGCAGAAACGUUGGUCCGGCAUAACAUUGAAUCUGGGAUCACAGGUGUGAUUCACGAUAUGACACUGGAAGGGGAACAGCAACAACCAGCAUUGAGGCUUCUGCCUGUCCAACAGGUAGGUGAGUUACAAGAGCGAAAUUAUGUCACUGAAGAUAGAUCGACACCGGUCACAGCAACUGUACACGACACUCAGUGGCAAGGGGACAGGAUAGUGACGCUCGUCCCACAGAAAAUGGUUAUUCGUUCUAACUCAACUGCUUCUAUACCCAGAAAUUCCAGUUUGGGAUCGGAUGAAGAAAUUACGUACGAAAUUCAAUCUUCCGUAAAUUCUCUUUGUUUUGACAAACCUUCUGAAAUCAGUGUGUCUUCGAGGGAACCGGAGAUCAUCCCCACAUAUAUCACGCCAAAGUUUUCUGCACCACCUACGGACCUCAAACAAUCUCUAGAGGUAUUUCAAUGCGCUCCGUUGGCUGGAGAGGCCUCUAAUCCCCUUUCGAGGCUCAAGAUACAAGGAAUACUCUUGAAUGAAACAGGAGCUGGGAUCGAAGUUUUCACCAAGAUACCGUCCCACAAAAGUUCAUCCUUUCAAACAUUGUCUUUUUCAACUGAAUCUCUUGAUCAGCCUUUGGAAUUUACCACCUCAGAAGCCAGCAGUACAAAAGAAAACAAACAGAUAUGUGAUGACAAACUUAUCUCAGACGUUCGAGGUACUUCUAAUGAUCGAAAUCAAAUCCCGUUAGCACACGAAGACAGCAACCCCCAGCCUGCUGAAUCGUGUCCACCUAAGGAAUCUCCUUCUACUAGCUCCGUGGAGUGUCAGUCACCACAAAGAACAUUCAUAGCCAGGUAUUGUCCACCACAGUCGAUUAGCGAUGAAGAACUGGACGGAAGAACACAAGUUCUAAACGAGGCAAGUAUUACUUUGCUACACUUUACAAACAACUAUUUGUGA